AUCGCGCUUGUCAAACCCAACUAAAAAAGUCCAAGGACCAUUGCUCCUUUUUGGAGCCUUUUAUUACACAAGCUUGGCAUCAUGAAGUGAGUGAAUACGCAACGUGACUUCUGAAUGAAGGGGGGCCUUCGACGAAAAGGGACCUUGGAGAAAUUUGAUUAAAAAUUUAAUUCAAGCACAUCGAGACGGUACGUCACCAAACAUAGUUCUGCAGUGGGCACGUUUCUCAAUGAAGGGUGAUGUCUGUACGACGAGCGCCACGGUCACUGUUUAUGUUUGGGAACUAGAGUGCGGUUGUCUCACAUCCUGUGCAAAGUGUCUUUCAACUUGUCAUGCAUCUUGGAACCAAACUUUGAAGCUUUCUCAACACACGCGUACUGGUGGCCCACUUUGUUGUGGUCAUUGGGCCCUUCAUGAUUGGGAGAAAAGUAAACAGCGCCUUCACUCGACGAAAGGAUUUUCACAACGUCGGUGACGAAGACUCCUUAAGUUGCUGUUAAAAAAGUGAUCACUAGCACCAGCUCGUUCACUAUUUUGCAAAUUCGACAUAAUUUCUUCUGCAGAAAACAGCAUAUAAAUGACUGACUUGUAAACUUUUGGAGCUCAGAACUGCUCAGAAACAUUUUAAGCUGUUAUUCUAGCAGCUUUUUACUGGAAAAAUUGUUCUCUUUGAUAAACUGCGAGCAGAAGUGGGCUUCACCAUGAAGGAUUUUUUGAAGAAGUUAAGGAAGCUUUCCUAUACUCUCCGUGGUUCCCAAUGCUACCAUGCUGAUUACCAGUUAAGACGAAACCAUGUAAACUUUGUACACGGCCGUGACCGCGGAAGUGGAUACCCUCUACGACGGCCCAACUCCACAAUCAUCAUCGAGAUCUCCAGUACCACCACCAACAACAAUCACCCCGAGAAAGCCGCCAUCACCACCAUGGGGGAUAAGAUGCCGGAAUUCCAGGAGCCCAUCACCUCCUUGACCUUUGAAUGUCACACCCACUGGCAGGACUCAUUCCUCGUGCUGCGAGAACUCUACGACCGCCAGGCGCUGUGCGACGUCACUCUGGUGGUGGGCUCGACGGAGCUGCAGUGCCACCGCCUCGUCCUGGCUUGCUGCAGUCCGUACUUCCGUGCGAUGCUAACCUCAGAAAUGAAGGAGAGUCGAGAGCAGAAGAUCCUCAUCUAUGACAUCGACGAGGCAUCCAUGGAAGCCCUCAUCACUUUCAUGUACACCUCCAAAGUGCUCUUAACCGUCGACAAUGUGCAAAAACUCUUGCGUGCGGCCUCGCUGACGCAGAUCGAAAUCGUCGCCAAAGCUUGCUGCGACUUCAUGACAUCCCACCUUCACCCUUCAAAUUGUCUUGGCAUACGAAGCUUCGCUGAGCUUCACGGCCGGACAGAACUCCUUAAAGCUGCAGACAUUUACACCUUUGACCACUUCCUUGAGGUGGUCAGGAGCGAUGAGUUUAUAAACAUUACAGCAGCCCACCUGUAUGAUGUUAUAUCGUCGCCGGAUAUAAGGAUCGAGAAUGAAUCUCAGGUUUACCAGGCUGUCAUGAAGUGGGUGCGAUUCGAUCUUCCAAACAGAGUGAAGGAGUUGUCUCAGCUUAUAUCAGCGGUCCGUCUACCCAUGGUGCCUGCAACUUUCUUGAUGGACGUUGUGGAGUCUGAGGAGCUGAUCAAGAAGUGCCUUAAGUGUCGGGAUCUUCUUGAUGAGGCCAAGAACUACCACCUCUCAGUCAAUAAGGUGGUCCCACAGAGCCCUAAGAAGGUCUACCAGUCAGAACGAAGCCAGCCCAGGAAGAGCACAGCAGGUGUUCUAUUUGUGGUUGGUGGGCGAGGUGCUUCCGGUGACCCUUUCAAGUCUAUCGAGUGCUACGAUCUGCGAAGCAAUCGCUGGUUCCAUGUCGCCGAGCUGAACUGCAAGAGAAGGCAUGUGGGAGUGAUUGCUGCAUCAGGCAAAGUGUAUGCAGUUGGCGGGCAUGACGGCAAAGAUCACCUCAGCAGUCUUGAAGCAUUCAAUCCUAAGACAAAUAAGUGGAAGUUGCUGUCUCCAAUGAAGACAAAAAGGCGAGGUUUGGCCGUGGCCCAGCUUGGUGGACCACUGUACGCCAUCGGAGGGCUUGAUGAUAACAUGUGCUUCAGUGAGGUAGAGAGAUACGACAUCGCCACCGACAGCUGGAGCUAUGCUGCAUCCAUGAAUAUGGCAAGAGGAGGAGUUGCAGUGGCUACACUUAAUGAUCACAUCUAUGCAGUUGGUGGUAACGAUGGCUCGACCACGCUUAAUACAUGUGAGAGAUAUGACCCACACCUCAACAAGUGGACUCCGAUCGCCUCAAUGCAGACAAGACGAGCAGGAGGGGGAGUUCUAGCACUCAACGGAUUCCUCUAUGUCAUAGGUGGAUUUGACGACAGUUCCCCUCUGAGUUCCGUAGAGAGGUACGACCCUCUGACUAAAGCAUGGAGUACAAUGACCUCAAUGUCAAUGUGCAGAGGUGGGGUGGGUGUCUCGGUCAUCAGCGGCAAGAUCUACGCGGUCGGAGGUCACAACGGAUCCUCUUAUCUCAUGUCAUCGGAGUGUUUCGAUCCAGCAACUGAAACGUGGACUCCAAUCAAGGAUAUCAGCACAUGCAGGGCCGGAGCAGGUGUGGUCACAUGUAACUGUCUCGUCCAUUCACUCAAAGACAUCGGCAAAAACAACAGCGCGGUUCACAGCUGUGUAUAACCAAAAAGUGCUUUGGGCCAAGAGGGAAAUGAGCACAAGAGCCUGACGGACUGCAUGUUUUAGCAAAACAUCGCCCUCUGUUGGCAGUUAUAGACAACAAUUUGUUUUAUUAUACCCAGAAAGAGAGGAGGAAAACCAAAUUGGAGACAUCUGUCUGCUGCCCUCUUGUAUUAGGAAAUCACUAAAUUCUGUGCCGUGUGAAUCAAUACAGCACAUAUCAACAACUCUCAGAGAGAACGGAGACAGAGAAUCGAUCAGGCAGCUGCUUCUAAUGAAUGCUGCCCUCUUGUGGUCUUCGGGAACAUUGAGCAAUCAACUCAAAUUUUCUGUUCAUACCUUCUGAUGUAUGUGUGUCUUACUUCAUUCAUUGGCCCUUUUCGAAACCGGCUUUGGAUUCGGCUUCAGACUCCAUCCUCUUGUCUGAAGCCCUGUCGCACAGCAUGCACAAUUAUUGUCAAAACAACCGCGGGGCAAAGCUAGCCUGAGCCGAACCCAAAGCCGCAGCAGUGGUUUCAGAAAGGGCCAUAAAGACAACUGAGUUGCUAGUUUCACUUUUAAAAUUUUCCCUGUGCCUGACACUAACAACUCAUAAUUAUCAAAGUGGCCAUUUUGAAUGAUUCUCAACAAAAUAAUGCACUUGCCUAAAAGUAUUUCUCAACAUAUAGAAUGUUUAAGACAUCACAUCACAAAGAUAUCAAGGCUGAUGUUUCGGUUGCCUUCACUUUUCAUGCCUUAUCACUAUUCUUGAGGAGUGCCUGAUUUUGCCAGUUUGUUGAGGGUCGUCAAAUAUGCAAUGAUAAAUUUUUAACUGGACAAACCAAUUCUAACUCUGGCAACUUCGGAUAUCUUGUUUUACCUCUUCGAAAUGGAGAAUACGCAAUGAUCAUAUUUUUAACGAGACAAACCAAAUUCAACUCUGGCAACUUUAUAUGUCUUUUUGGGGGGUGGGUGUCCUUAAAACACUUUUUUCAUUUUUUAUUUUUAUUCAAAUUCUUCAACAGUACUGACAAGGGGAAAUCUUUGAGUAACUGUUGAGUUCAGUCUUCCAGUACUUCUAGUAAGAACACAGAAUUGAUCAGUACGAAACAUUAAGGAAAUGUUAUGGUAGACUGGUCCCCUGUCCAUAUCCCGACAGGUAUUGGUUUUACAGAACCAGUGAUAUCAUUGGAUACAACAUACACUGUAUGACAGUACAUGUAAAUUUAUAAAAUGAUGUUUUAUAUGUAAACGUGUACGUAGAAUUUGACUUCAAAAAUAAAUGUGAGAUCAACGCAACAGUCAAUUGAUGUCGGAUCAAGGCCAAUCUCUGGCGUAAUUCGCAAACCUCGAAGUGUGACGUCGGAUGUUCAGGCUCAUGUUAUGCUCACAACAAGAGACACUACGUGGAAGCAGACUCGUCAAGAGAACCUGUUCAUGCUCUGAGUUUAAGAACGUGUUUGCAUCAAGCGACUUUGGCUUUGGCUUUGGUUAGGGUCAUUCCAGCCAUAGCCUCAUUGAUAUACAUUUGAUAAUCACUCUUAAAAUGAAUGCCAACAAAAACUUACUUAGUGAGAAGUACAGCAUUUUUUUUUAAAUCAUUCCACUUCAAAGUAAUGUGGUUAUAGAAAAAUUAUAUCCGUUUUUAUUCUGAAAAGUUUGAAUCUGAGAAACGUUUCUGUCAGAUAUGUUUCUCGGAUUGUGUGUUCCAAUUGCGUAUUAUUCUGCCUGCGUAGACAUAACCGGAUUUUCAGCGAUAUCUCAUAACAGUACAUGUACCACCUUUUGGAAAGAAAUGUUCUAUAUUUGUAUAGGAUUAAAACAAUCAAACGGUUCCAAAAACAGAAGGUAUACGUUCCCUUUAAUUAAGUAUUUCAACAAUAAGAAAUAUUUAUAUUCUAUCUGCCUCCACCUAGCAUACAGAAGUCUCUUAGUGAUAUCUUCAAUAUUUUUGAAUUUUUUAACAAAUAAAAAGUUAUUCUAUUACAUCUGUUACACUUUUGCUUUUCUAUUAAAAUCAAUGUUAAAUUUUGUAUAAAAAGUAAUUUGUAAAUACUUCCUAUUGCCUUGCUUGUCCAUGUAAAAAAAAAAAACAUCGAAAACCUGUAAAUACGUGUACAGAUUGUAUUUAAUCGGAAACUAAAAACUAGCAAGUUUUUAUUUCUGUCUUGAUGUUGAGAAUUUUGUUCUCAAGAA